AUGGUCAUUCAGUCUACAAAAGGAAUCACGGUUGAUGAAAUUUUGGAGAAGGCAGAUCUUGAAGUGGCUUUGAAGGGUCUAAAAGACAGGCUUAUAACCAAGAAUGUGGAUGAAGAGAUUGCUGAGAAAAUUUGCAAGUCUCUAGUAGUAAGCCUGGUGUACAAAAAACUUCCUUCUUUUACUAGGGAAUCAUCAACAGUUCAGGCGAGUCAACUCUGUCCUUUGUUGUCGUUUUAUGAUUACUUGAUUUCUGCAAUUCCCCCUGACAAGAAUGUUGCAAAAUCAAAAUCUGCUCCAAUUGCUAAUAAACCAGAAAAAGUUCAACUGAUUAAUCAUAGGCGAGCAUACAACUGUGAGAUCAUGCUUUCAAAGGUGAAUAUACCUUUGCAUGAACUAAUGGAGGAGGCUGUUGUUGACAAAGCACCACAAUCUGAAAGAGGCAUCAAGUCACGUGCAAUUCUUGGUAGACAGGUCAAAGGAAUUGUCACAGAGCAGAUUAUUGAAGUUGAAUCGGGUCUCGGUCCAUAUAAGAUUGAAUAUGAUGAAGAGUGGCUAGCAAUCACCCGUAGAAAGGUUCAUGGUGGUCAGCAGUCCAUGUGA